AUGAGCUACACAAGUCCAUAUACCUCAAUUUCGACAACACCCAUGUCAGGCCAAAAGUCGCAUCUAAUGAGUUUCGAGACCUCUGCAAUUGUGGCAAAGCUAGAUGAUUCGUUUUCACGACAUAAUGACCUAGAUUGGAGAAGAUUGAAUGAUAUAGAAUCGCUAUCUUCAAUUCUUGAGCCUGCGGAUUACAGCAGAAAGUCAAAUGCCCCAGAUAUACUUCCAACGCACGCUGAUGAAAACUCUACCCUUACGACAGAAAUUUUAGCCAGGCCAAAUAGAGAUCCUGGAACCCUGUCGGAAAUACAUGCAUCUAAUAGUAACUAUAUAAGUGAAAGAUUCGAUUGUGCGCGGCCUAUACGAUGUGCUAAGCUUCCACCCGAUGGGGCUGCGCAUCUAUGGCCCGAGACCAAUCUUUGCUCAAUGGCAUCGUCUCUGGUCGCAGAGCAUGAUGAAACUUCCUCAAAUAUUUCCUUACAUUCUAGUAAAACAACCUUCUUUACUGAAACUAAAAGUAAUCAGAGACAAGAAGCAAAAUCUACCCCUGUGAGAGAGAGCACAAAUCAAAAUUUUAAUAUUGGGCCUAAAUUUUCUAUACCCACUGACAUAGGGCCCACUGAGUAUGCAAGACAGUGUAUUGCCGCAGCAGAAUCGUCGCGCCUAGAUCCCUACAACCUACAUCCAGAAGAGUACACAAUUUUACGCAGGCAUAUCACUUAUCAACAAGUUACAACGUAUUUGAAUAUUCGUAAUGGAAUCUUAAGAUUAUGGGUAAGAAAUCCUACUAUUGGGGUUACACCCAACGAGGCUAUUGGCUGUGCAAAAGAUUCUCGGUGGCUUGAUGUUGCAAGCCUUUCACAUGAGUGGCUAGUAAGACGUGGGUACAUAAAUUACGGCUGUCUAGAUCUUUCUGAUAAAUCAUUUCACGACAGUCAACAUGAACUUAAACGAAAAAGAAGAGUCGUCGUGGUCAUUGGAGCUGGGAUGUCUGGUCUGGGUUGUGCAAGACAGCUCGAGGGACUUUUUAUCCAGUUUGAAGAUCGUUUUCAGCAUUUAGGCGAAGACACUCCACGAGUCAUUGUGGUGGAGGGAAGAGAUAGAAUUGGCGGCAGAGUAUAUUCACGUGCCUUCAACACAAAGCCCAAGAGCCCAACAUUAAAUUAUGGUAGUCGACAUACAGCUGAAAUGGGCGGGAUGAUAAUUACUGGAUUCGAUAGGGGGAACCCCUUAAACGUGAUUGUUAGGGGACAACUAGCCCUGAACUAUCAUAAACUCAAGCCAGACACAACAAUUUAUGAUUCUAAUGGUAUUUCAGUUGACGCCAAUCGAGAUCAACUUGCCGAGAAACUUUUCAAUUAUAUUCUUGAUCGAGUCAGCGAGUAUAAGUUUAAAGUUUCAGAACCUGUUACUAUCGAUGGUGAUAAAGAUCUGAUUGAUGCAGGUCGGGAACCUUCUAAUGAAGGAUCAAAAACUAUUUUUGAAACAGAAAAUAGUGCGAGAAAACGAGCAUCUACCAGCCACAAAGAAAAAAAUAACGUCCAUACACCAUUUAAAAAAUUCCCCAUAUCUUCAGACAAAUCCUUUUUGGGCCCAGAGCUUGAGUCCAACUUGCCCGUAGUACACACUGCGGCCUUUAAGGCUAGAGAAAUUGGUUGGGUUUUGAAGCCAGGCGUAGGGAUUGAAUAUGAUUUAGAUCUUGAAAGAUGUGUAAAUUCGAAAGACGCUACCUUGGGCUCAGUUUUUGAUGAAGCAAUAAGACAAUACAGUAACAUCGUCAAUUUUACUCCACUUGAUUUGCAACUAAUAAACUGGCACGUAGCAAACCUUGAAUAUAGCAAUGCUAUUACCUGCAAUCGAUUGAGUCUAGGGGGCUGGGAUCUAGAUGCGGGAAACGAAUGGGAAGGGAAACAUACUAUGGUAAUGGGCGGUUAUCAACAAGUUCCAAGGGGUAUUUUUAAGUGUCCUCAACCUCUAACUGUUCGGAAAAAGAGUAAAGUAGUCAAAAUUAUUCACAAUCCAGAUCUUGAAAAACCUCACGACGUACGAUCUAAGAUUGAAUUUGAAGAUGGUGAUAUAAUCGAAGCUGAUUGUAUAGUAUCAACUUUGCCACUAGGGGUUUUGAAACAGAAAAGCGUACAAUUCGAGCCAUUACUUCCAGCAUGGAAAGAAGGCGCCAUUCGGAGAAUUGGCUAUGGUAUUCUGAAUAAAAUAAUUCUUGUAUAUCACGAGGCGUUUUGGGACGAAGAUCGUGAUAUAUUUGGAACUCUACGCAAUGCCCCCAAUAAAUUUAGUCUCGACCAGGCGGAUUACUUUUCACAAAGGGGUCGCUUUUUUCAAUGGUUUAAUGUAAGCAACACAACCGGCUUACCCACUUUGCUAGCUCUUAUGGCUGGUGACGCAGCAUUUGCUACGGAAAAUACGUCUAAUGAGGAGCUAUUGUCUGAAGCCACGAGAGUUUUACGUACCGUAUUUGGACCAUCAGUUCCAAGCCCAAUAGAGACUAUUGUGACCAGAUGGGGUCAUGAUGAGUUCUCACGCGGUAGCUAUUCAUACACCGGGCCGCACUUUGAGCCGUACGACUAUGGGGCUAUGGCUAAGCCUGUUGGAAACUUAUUUUUUGCAGGUGAGCACACUUGUGGCACUCAUCCCGCAACCGUUCAUGGCGCAUACAUAUCCGGGCUCAGAGCUGCAUCGGAGGUGCUCGACUUCUUGAUAGGGGAUAUAAAGGUUCCUGAGCCACUAGUUCCGCCCAAAGAUCUAGCGUUGAAGCGCAAGCCAGGUACUGUGAAAAGCCCCCGAGAUCCAAAGCAGAUUCGUCUAGAGGCCUAUGAAGCUGAAAUCUGGAAUGCAAUCUAUGAAAAACUCGGAGAGCGUCCAUGGCGUCCUCCUAAUAACUAUGCAAACCCUUAUAGACUUUAUAGCAAAGUCAAGUGGGAAGAAGCAAAGCGCAGAUGUGAAGAAGGCAGAAGACCAGGCAAAGGAAAAGCUAUUCCUAAUGAAGUUAAAAAAAUGGUGACCAAAUUGUGGAAAGAAGAAACGGAAGAAGAAAAGAAACCAUACAACGAGGAGGCUGAGAUUCACAAGAAAGCGUAUACUGCUGCGUUGGCAGAAUAUAAUGCUAAGGUGAACCAAUGGGACAAAGACGCCCUAACUUUCAGGUCAGCAUAUGAAAAAGAACAUCCUAGCAUUCCAGGCCCUGAAGAAUUAAGUAGUCCGCUACCGUGGGAUCGGCGGGCUAAGCGGGUUGUCAGUGGCUAUGCUGAAGAUACUGACUCUGAGAUGGAAACGUAUUAA